UAUGCAUAAUGAUACCGUGAGUGUUGUCUGUAGCUGUGUACGACAGGUGACUCUUCAUUCCUGACUGAACACAUUGAGCUGGGUUUGUGACAGAUAUAUUUCCAGCAUUCAGGCACCUGUUGAUUUAAUAACUUUUGAAGCAGAAUCAAGGACCAUUGUAACAACCCUUUGAUGAACUGUUAAAUAAUACACAGAAUAAAAAAGGGACAUGGAAAAGAGAAAAAUCGUGUAUGCUGGAUAAAAAAAGAAAAAGUAAUCGUGAAGAUCAUUUAAUUUUAAGAUCUUGGUCUACAAAUCUACAGGAUGGCAUCAAAAGGUGGCAUUGAUGUGAUAAUACUUCAUGGACGUGAUGCACACGAGUGGAGUCGAUAUCUUGUAGACCUCUUUCAGGAUCUAAUUGUUUAUAAUUAUGAAGUUAUCAGCAACAAUCCAAUAGAGGCAGAAGAUCUGGAAUUUUUCAAGAGUUGCAAAUGCAUUCUUAUUCUUUUAUCUAGAGAUCUGUUAUGCAGUCUAUAUAUCCCUGAUGUCCUAGAAGUAUUUCAAGAAGUAUUGAAGCCACCAAAAAAAGUGGUGGUCUUACUCUGUGAAGUGACAGAAUGUGAGAAUUUUACAGAUAUCUUUGCAGACUGGCCUAAGUGGAAGCAGCUUUCUUAUGAAGAUGAAUCUGAACUUUACAUUAAUGCUGUUAGAAAUGCCAUUACUGAAGAUUCUGGCUGUGAUUCUGUUACCGAUACAGACGCUGAAUGUGAUGACGAAAACCCCAUAUAUUCAAGACAUCUAGAAUAUUUACACCAACCAUUGACUCAAGAAAAGCAUGGAAACUUAAUAGCUGUACAGCCAGAGAGGAUACGCUGUGGGGAGAAAACACAACUUUAUAUAAUUCUGAAGUGCAAACUUGACAGUCAAAUUAAAAAUGAAGUGAAUUUUAACCCAAUUAAUGGACCUUCUGUGAGAUUUCCUGCUACUUUACAGAAUGAAUACAUCUUAUCUGUGGAUGCACCAGAUUUCCCAUCAGGACCAGUAUAUCUAAAGGUUUUUUCUGGUGACCUGGUAAUAUGUGAGGCCAAAAUCACAUAUUACACUGACAUGGAGGAAAUAAGUAACUUGCUACUCAAUGCAACAAAUCCUAUUGAAUUCAUGUGCCAGGCUUUUAAAAUUGUGCCCUACAACACAGAGGCACUUGACAAGCUGCUGACUGAGUCAUUAAAGAACAACAUUCCAGCCAGCGGCAUACACCUUUUUGGAAUUAACCAGAUAGAAGAAGAAAACCUCAGUGCAAAUCAAAGAGAUGAAGAACUACCAACCCUUCUUCAUUUUUCUGCAAAGUAUGGCCUGAAAAACUUGACAGCCGUUCUUCUUACUUGCCCUGGUGCCCUACAAGCUUAUAGUGUGGCAAAUAAACAUGGAGAUUUUCCAAACAACAUGGCAGAAAAACAUGGCUACAAAGACCUCAGACAGUUUAUUGAUGAAUAUGUGGAAACAGCUGACAUGUUAAGGACUCAUAUUAAAGAAGAACUGAUGUAUGGUGGUGGUGGUGGUGCUGAUGAUGAUGAUGACAAUAACCCCACAUAUGAGUCAAUGGCAAGCUUCUCAACUGAUCUGCUAAUGAAAUGUUCCCUAAAUCCUGGUUGUGCUGAUGACAUUUACGAAUCCAUGGCUGGCUUUGUACCACAGUAUAAUGAUGAAGAAACAUAUAUGGAUAUGAUGCAAGCUAAAGGUGCCAGUGCAUCUACAGAUGGGCAAAGGCUAAGUGCUAAUGAUUCUGUAAUACGGAAAAUUUUGGAAGGAGACACCAUCGACUAUAGCAGUGAUGAAGAAGAUCCGUAUCAUCUUUGUAAACAUGAGGAUGUCUAUGAUGUAGUGGAGAGAGGCAGCCUGAAUAGUGAACUAGGGAGUCGGCCUCCAGUCCCCGUUCCAAGGCCAGAAGAACCUCAAGAUAUGGAAUCUUACAUUUCUAAAGUUUUUCCUGAAAAAACACAAGUGAGAAAAGAAAAUAUUUAUGUGGAAUCUGUACCCAAAAAGAGAGAAGUCACAAGUAUCAAGAUAAAGAGAGACAGGCCUCAGUCAAGUGUAUAUGACCCGUUUGUGGGUAUGAAAACCCCAGGUCAGCGAGAAUUAAUCACCUUACAGGAACACGUAAAGCUAGGAAUGGUCAGUGUGGAUGAAGCUUUACUUCAGUUUAAAGAAUGGCAACUAAACCAGAAGAGGAGGUCUGAUUCAUUUAGAUACCAGCAGGAAAAUCUAAAAAAAUUAAGAGACAGCAUAAAUCGAAGGCGAAACGAAAAUAAAAAGCGAGGGAAAAAGUCGGAUUUAGAGAUCACUAAGCCUAUCCGCCGGGGUCAAAAUACUGAAACGAAACCAGAGUUUGCUGUGUAUGAGUCAUACCCCAGGAUGCCUACUCCAUCCAGGAAAGAAAUCACGCGAGGAAACUGGAAGACAGACAGCACGUCUAGCACUACAAGCAGUGCCAGUAACAGAUCCAGCACACGGAGCACGUUGAGUAUCAGUAGUGGGAUGGAAGGAGAUAAUGAGGAUAACGAAGGAUCUGAACAACCACAAAGGCAAAACCCUAGGCAUUCUUUGACGGAACACAGGCCACCACCUAGGCCACCAAGAAUACCUACCCAAAGCCCUAUAAGAUUUCCACCGACAACAUCUGAUAAUAAGUGGAAUCCACCUCCCGUCCCACCAAGAGGAAGAUGAUACAUCUUGAUUUGGCGAAGGAUAAUAUUUCAGAAAACAAUAAGCACCGAGGAUAACUCUUAACAUCUUUAAAAAAAUACUGUGUAUUUCCUACAGACUAAUUGUGCUAUCAUGUCCUACAUGUCUUGCUAAGUAAAUCGUGGAAGCCGGGUGUUAUCUUACCUAUUAUGUGUAAGAGUUGGAAAUGUGUAAACAAAAUAUGCCAUUUGUGUGUUCCAAAGAAUGCAGCCAUACUACAUGCUUCUCAUUUACCAUGAUACAUGAGGUUAACUGCUUACUAUAGUGGAACACUUCAUUCCGCUUUACAAAAUAGAAAUGGUGUCAUUUAAUGCGAUUAGGUGGGACAACGUUACAAAUUACAAUUUUGUUUUAAUACAAUAAUUUAAAGCAA